AUGUCUGCACGCACAGAGAGGCGUAAGCGCAGCUCCAACGUGCUGAAGUUCCACUCGGUGCGUCGACGGAAAAUAAGCGACGCCGCCAUCGUACGAGGAGUGGAGAUUGAGUUUGAUCGCACAUUACCCUUCUGGCGGUGCUUCACUGACCUGCGUCUGGGGUCUGGCCGCAAGCCGGAAGUGACGCAGCGCACCACGCGGCUGCUCUGCCGCAUCCCCUGCAAAGUCUUCAAGCGUGUCGAUGUCGUGUGGGCUCGGACGCAGGUCCACCUACACGAGGUCAACGGCGGGCGACUUGUUCGCUCCGGCGGCACCAACACAAACCGCGCACCAAAUAGGUUCCCUAUGAGCUCUUCAGAAAGCAGUCAUCGCAACGGCAACGCAGACACGUCGGCGUACACGAUCGACACGCUGCAUUUUGUCCACGAGGAUGCGUAUAAGAAAGGACCCGGUAGUGAACACAGCUUCCACGUUCAGUCGGUGGUGCUGCGCGACUCUCCGGCCGUCUUGCAGUGCGUUGCUGGUGCGAUGGUGUCAUUUUCUUUUCUUGUUUUCACUUCCUUGCGGCUGAUCCACGCCUGUGAGGUGAGGAGGUGUCACAUCGCCCAGCUGAGCCGGGCGCUGGAGCCGGCCAUGCAGGCGUGUACGCACAGCUGCCAAGAGUCCUCUGUUAGUCGUGUGGGGAGAAAGGACGCGAUGACCGCUUCACCACAGAUGACGCCUUCCUUGAUGCUGCGCAAGGAGGCGAUGACGCAUUCUACCGAAGACGCCGCGGGUGCGUUUGCGGAGUUGCGGGGGUGGUGCCCGGCUGCGUCGUCGCGAAUUCUUAUCCUUGGCAUGGGCGGCAACAGCAUGGCCCUCGCCCUCCGCGCCGUCCUCGGACCGGCAGCGAUGAUCGAGGUGGUGGAAGUUGAGCCUGCGGUGGUGGCGGCGUGCCUGCGCGUGGGCACCCUCGACGAAGGCGAUGACCACAUGAAGGUGCACCUUCAGGACGCCGAGGGGUGUCUGCGUGCGCUGCCGCACCACGUCUACGACUUUAUCUUCAUGGACAUUUUCGAGCCGAUGGAGGCCACCAUGCAGAACUUGCACCCCUGGGUCGCCGCCGCACGGGAGAAGCUCGCUGCCGGGGGCCUGCUCGUGAUGAACGAGCAUCAGCUGCCCUCGGCGGAAGGACUCGCCCCUUACGGGAAACUUUUUGGCGAUGGCAACGUGCAAGCGGUGAACUUGCGUGGGUGGAAUGAGAGCGUGGUCGUGUGCGUCGCACCGGGCAGCCCAGAAACGGAUACUUACACGCUGGAGAUCUCCAAGUCGUACACGAACGUGGCCUUUAACGUCUACGAGGCACUGGUACCGGGUUGGCUGCCCCACUUUUCAUGGCUGGUGCGAGCAAAGACGCACUAUUUCCAAAAACUGCGGUGCCGGUUGUGGACCUCGUGA